CCAGGCUGAGGAAAUUGAUAUUUUUUAUAAAUCUUAUCUCUGGCUUGGAUUAAAUAAUUAAUCAACUUAACUUAACUUAACUUAACUAAAACCAUAUUUUCAGGUAACAAUUUUAUUCUUAGUAUUUAGACUUAUCAAUUAGAAUAGUCCGUAAAUCAAUGACUAUCAAAUCUAAAGUGAUGGAAUAGAGUUGAGCGGAUAAUGCGGGCUUUUUUUCCUGUCUUCUUCUAUGCAGAUCCAGUUUCGUAAUUUUUUUAAACUAUCAGGUAUCAAAACUUAACUUACACUGACAGUCAUGUCAAAUUGUAUGGUAAAAGUCUAAAUUAGAGUGGUAUCAAUUGUAUGAAUACGGAGAGAACUGGAUACAACUCUUUGGCAUAACAUGAUCAAUUCACUUUACUUGUGGCUUGGAUCAGCCGUUAUACUCUAUAUUGGUUCCAUCUUUUUAUUGAAUCGAAUUCCACAUGUUACAGUAAAGACUAUAGGAUGGCUUUCGAUUAAACAUAUCACCAUUCAGUUGGAUUCAACUACUGUUUACAUUGGUAAGAUACGAUUAAGAUUGAACUGGUUCAGAGGAAAGGAGUCUGGUCUAAAGCUUAUCAAUGUGGAAAUUAUGGAUAUUGAUGUCAAAUCAUUUAAGAAAGAGAAAGACAAGAAUACAUUAGAAGAGGAAGAAGAAGACUUAACUAUAAAACCCACAAGAUCAAUUGGAUCAAUUCGGGAUACGUUGAAUAUUAGAAUUCCAAAGAGAAUAUAUGACUUCCUUUUACACUACAGAAUCAUCAAUCAAAUUAAUAUUCAUUUAUUCAGAUUAUCCCUCUAUGAUGAAUCAAUCGAUGAGAAACUAUCAAUCUUCAUAGAUUAUUCCAGAAUUGAAGCAUUUGUACAUCUAGAUGGUACAGCAAAGAUUGUUAUAUCUUUAUUGCAUAGUUAUUUACAUCAUUCCGAGAAUAAAAUCUCUACUGGAGAAGUACAAACCAAGUUGUUUAGAAAUGUGGAGUUCAUCAUCACUUUUGAUACUGCUUUAUCAUGUCCCAGAGAUGAUUACAAUAACAUAUAUUGUGAUCCACGUAACUUUAAGUUAUCUUUAUCAAUUGGAAGAUUAUCUAUACCGUUGGAUAAAUUAACUAUCAAUAGAAGUGAAACUCAUGAAUCUAAACCCAAGUCAGCUAUUAAUAUUGCUAGGUACUUGGACGAAGUACAAGAUGGUCUUAGUAUCUUCUCACAAUUCGAAUUUAAACUUGAGGAAUUAGCAUUAUCAUAUGGAGAAGUCGGAGCUAAUGUUUCUAAUUUUGUUAUUGUACUCUCCAAUGAAUUGAAGUAUAAUUCAAGCAGUACACCAUAUUCAACCCCUCUCCCACCAGAAAAUAUUUUAAAAUUACAUUUCUAUAUCACUUCAUGUAAAGUUUAUCACAGAGAAUCAAAAUGUUUCGAAUUACCUUCUGCUACAUUUACCACUUUUUCCAAUCCAAUUGAUCUCUUGAAAGUUACUGAUUCUUUAAUCAACAAUAGUAGUAUUAACAGUGACAAUAAUUUUAUCAAUUCUGACACUUCAAUAAUGAUCACAAGUCCUACUGUUGAUGUCUAUUAUGAUCAACUGGAUAUUUUCUUUACAUAUUGUGAUCAACAGUUUUUCAAGAGACAGAAACUGAAACCGAGUCAAGAAUCAAACUCUCCGUUCAAAUUUCUGUCUUUGUUAUAUAAAUUAAAAGAAGUAUCCUUACGUGUGGUUGUGGUUGAUAUGAAAGUACUUGUACACGUUCCUAAUCCAAAGGACUCAUUAUCAGUAUAUAAUAGAAACAAUAAGGGAAAUAUCAUUGUUACAUAUUCAUUAAUGUCUUUCUUUCAUAGAUUCUACACCAAGAAUUUCAACAUUUUAAUGACAAAUAAGAAGAGGACAAAGAGAUUCAGUCUUAAUGGUUUAUUUAGAAUAAAAAAUCUUAAGGCUGAAGCAGCAGGAAAUUCUAUACAAUUAUCUAAAGUGAAUGUCCUUGCCAUUUAUAAUAUUUGCGAAUCAAACUUAUCAUUAAAAGUGUCGAGUAAAGACUUUAAGAUUAAGUCGGUCAAUGAAGUUUUAUUUCAUUUAGUUAAAGAAUUUAGAAAUCGUUCAAUUAUACACGCCAACAAAAGAUAUACUUAUUUGACUGGUCAUCAGCCGGUUGUUUGUCCUAUAGCUGAUUCAUCAGAAGCUUCUCAAGUGUAUAUUCAGUUAUUUGAAAUAGCUCCUAAAUUCUUAUCAUCUUUCAAAGUCAGUAUUACUAAUAUUCAAGCUGAUAUAGUUUGUCAGGAUGGUUUACCUUCAUAUAAGAUUUUUGAUGAAAAACUAGGAAGAGAUGUCGACUUAGGUGACUUUAAAAGAGGUGUUAGUUUAAGACUCAAUGAUAUCGUAUUCAAAUAUAAGAAACAAAAAGAGGACAUAGAUCUUUCCAUAAAGAGUUUUCAAAUGUUUACUGCUAGUGAAUAUUCCACUGAAUAUAUCGAAGAUUUUGAUCAUGUAGAAUUCCAAGGUUCAGAAUCAGAAUUCACAGAUAUGUCAUCGUUAAAUUCUGCUUUAUCUAUGGAUCACAAUGAAGAAGAUGACGAAGAAGGUGAUAAUACUUCAAAGAAAGUCAAAAAAGUUUUAAAUAUAAAGGAAAUAUCGCUUGGAAAUCGUUCGACCUUGGAAACUAGAGAUGUCAAUAAACUUCUACUUACUAUUCCAGAGAUUGAUGGUAGAAUGGACACAUUCUUUUUAUGGUGUACUAUUUAUGCAAAGACAUUGGUUAACUAUUUUGCUCCAACGGUAGAAAGAAAUUGCUCCAAAGAAGAGAUGCAUCGACUCACAGGACAGAUCAAGUUGAAAUUGGAUAUAUCAAUUAAUUCCUUUUCAACGGUGAUAAGGUUGCCAAAUAACGUUGACAUAAUGAUUGAACUCGACAGCUUGGCAGUAAAAAAUGUUUUGAAUACUCAAAGUGCUGCUCUUAAAUAUGCCCGAUUAUAUGUAGUACAUCCUUCUACAAAGUUGUGGGCGAGAUUAUUGGUUAUCAAAGAACCAUUGAUUACGUAUCAAAAGAAAGAAUCUAUAGGUAAUUCAGAAAUCACUAUAGUGCCAGCUAUUGUCAGGUUGAAUAUUCCUCAUCAAUUCUUAUUCUACACUGUUAUAGACAAUUUUAUGACUUUAUUCAAAGCAAUUAAUCAGCUUAAUCACAAUUUUAAAAACCUAAGUAUUGGAAUUAACGAUUUUGAUCGACUCCAACCAGAUGUCAGAACAGCACCACAUUUUCCAAGGGUCAAUAUUAAAACAAAAAUGUUUGGUCUCACUAUCGAAAAUGAUGUAUUCGAAAAUGAAUUAUCUUACAUUUAUGAAUUGGGAGUUAUCGAACAACGUGAACGUUUAAAGAAGUUCAAGGAAUUCGAGAAGAGAGCAGCAGAAUUGAGAGCUACAGCUGAUACGAGUAUAGAAGAAAAGAUCAAACUUACAAAUGCGCAACCACCAUUUAAGAAGGGUACUCCUCAUAAUUCCGCUCCUAAGUAUACUAGUCCUUUGCGUCAAUUUUUUUCUGAAAGCGAUGGUAAUCUAAAUGGGAAACAGACUCAUGAGUCAGAUAAUAGUUUUAAGAAUACGGCAAAGCCAUUGGCUAGUUACGAAGAAGUGGAGGAAAAGAUCAGAAGAGCAAAAGAGAAUCUUGACAGAAGUAUAGGUUCUACUUGGGUAUCAAAAUUUAAGAUUUUCCGUGCAGUUAAACUUCAAAGUUGGAGAAAGAGAUGUUUACGUGCUUGGGGUGAAGAUGCUAUAAGUCCAGUGAUAACUGAAAAGUUUGACAUAUUGGAUCGUGUUGAUGGCCCAUAUUUACUUGGAGCUGUAUUCAGGGACCUUGAUUUUUUGGUACACAAUUGUAGUAUUACUGAUAUUGAUCAAUUCUUGUAUGAUUAUGGUAAGAAACAACCAAAACUUGUUUACUCCAUCCUUGUACCAAUUACAUACUGUAUCAAAAGUAGGUCUUUGUACGUAUUCCUAAAAGAUUAUCCAUUACCACUUGUGUCAUUCCCUGAAAAUCACGAUUUAUCCAAACCCACUGUUAACAUGUACGGUGAUUUGAUCAUUAACGAAAAGUUGGUCUACACAAAAGAAGAAAUGAGAUUUAUAUUCGUGCCAUUCUCGCCAGCUGCUACAUCAGAUUCCUUUACUGAUAGCUUUUACUCAGUAUUCAUACCUAGAACUUUGACUCCUGUUAAAUUUAUGAUCGACUUCAAGUGUGACUUGAACACCGACAGAGCCUGUAUGGUAUCUUGGAGUAAAUCUUAUGGAGCAGCUUUGCUGGCAGCUUCACUGGCGUUUGAUAACUUCACCAAACCUACUAUUGAUGACAGUCCAUUGGGUUGGUGGGAUAAGAUUGCUUUGGUGUUACAUGGUAAGAUUAAUUUUAAUAUCUCAAACGAAUUUUGUCUUCACAUUAAAAGUUCUGCCAAUCCGUAUGAGUUGGUAGGAAAGAAUGCAGGGUUUGUAUUUAGUUGGAAGAAUAAUGUUAAAUUAAAGAUAAAUGACACAGAGAACAUGAAAGAACUCAUUGUAUUGGAAAGUGACGAUUUUGUUCUUGCUAUUCCAAAUUAUUCUGUUCAAGAGCGGAAGACCUGGAGUUUAUUUUAUGAUGAGAUGGAAGAAUAUGUUCCUGAUAUUGAUUCGGAGUCAAAGAAAUUCAAUAAACGUGUAAUGAAGCUUUCGUCAGCCGAAAAAGUUCAAUGGACUCUUGGAAUUAUGUUGGAAAGAAAUAAACUGGGUUCAACUACUUUAAGUGAUGAUAUGGAGAGAAUCUCAGAGUUCAAGCCCCAUUACGAUGUUAUUGUUACAAAUCCAAAGUUUGAAAACCAUCCAGACUCUUAUACCGAUUAUAGGUCAGAUUACAUUCAUGUGGCAAUUUCUGUGAAAUCAAAAUCUGCGCUUGGAAAUUCUCACAAUGCUAUUUAUUUAACUCCAUUAACUUUCCAUUAUUUUUUCAGUUGGUGGAACACGUUAAAGAAUCAUACUUCUUUGCCGGUUAGACUGGGAGAUAUAUUUAAGACGAAAGUGUAUGAUCCCUCUCAUGUGAAGAUGGGUCCUCACUUAAUUACUUUAAAAUAUCAACUAGUACUUGAGCCAUUAACAGUUUCACAUAUGUAUAUGCACUCAUUCACGUCUAAGUCUGAACAUGAAAAGGUUGCUUUUACUGGUUUAAAAGGAAAAUUUUCUAAAUUCUCAAUGGAUUUACAUCAACGUAAGGAAAUGGCUACUUAUGUGAAUGAGAAGCUUAACAUUCUGAAUAAGGUACAACAUCUCAAGAUGAAUGAAGGUGAAAUUAAUGUUCAUGAGGCUGAUAUCAGGUUUGUUAACGCAAUUUUCAAGGAUACUUCAAUGCGGGGUCAUCUAGCAUCAUUUUUAAAUGGAAAUGAACAUGAUUCCGUAUCUUCGCCAAGUUAUAGUGAUUCUAGUACGAAAUUUCAAAACUGGCUAGAUAACGUUGAUGUGUUUGAUAACGAUUUUUCAUGGGUUGACCCGGAUGAUUUCGUUGAACUAGAAGUAAGGGGACCCUUAUCUCCUUGUCCACAUAUUAAAGUUAUACCAUUUUGUUUCUCACCUAAAUUCAGUUAUGUUAGGGAAUAUUCAUUACAAAAAGAUGGUAAAUAUCCAUUUGGACAUGAAGAAUCUCAUGACUGUUUGAUGGGAAUGGCUAAGCCAGAAGAAACACAAGCUAAGAUUUUAAUGAAAAGAAUCAAGUCAUUACAAGAAGAUAUGAAGGAAAAUCAAGCACUACUAGAAAAACUUCAAGCCGACGGUAGAGUAGGAGACGAGAAAGAAAUUUCAAGAGUUAAGCUUGAUUUGAAAGUUCUAGAAGAGAAGUUGGAAGUGGUGGAAUCGUUAUAUGAUACUUUUGCUAUGCCAGAUCUAGCCAACACCACCGAUUCUGAAAGUGUUGAUCUUGCCAGAACUACAUCUCGGUCAUUAUCUGUAUAUUCUAGCCAUGGGUCAAUAGAAGCAUUCGGUGAGUGUGUUAAAACGAAUUCUUCUGUCAGUCAAUUUCACAAUAGAUUUAUUGUACAUAACUUACAAUUGAAGUGGAAUAACGAUUUGAGAGAUCUCUUUAUGGAAUAUAUUCAAAGAGUUGGUGAUCGUAAAUCUCAUGUCUAUUAUAUGAGCAAGAGAGCAGUUGACUUGGUUGAAAGUGUAAUCAAUAAUCAAAGUGAAAGAGAAGAACCGACUGAUAUUGAGGAAAAGGCAUUUAAGAAAGAGUUUAAGAGUGGUGAAGAAGUAAUCAAUGGAUUCAAUGACGAGAUUGAUGAUUUGGAUAGUCCUGAACAACAGGCUGAGUAUAAAUAUCUCAUUAAAUUAAUUCAUCCACAAAUUCAAUUAGUUAGUCUGAAGACUGUUGAUUCUUGUAUGAUUAUUACUUCAAGGGAUUUAGAGAUGAGAAUAAUUGAUGUUCACCUUGGUCGUGAUAAUCAAAUUCUUGGUGAUUCUGUAUGCAACUUAGUCGAAACUAGGCAUGGUGUUUUGUUUAAGGAUUCCCAUAUUUUUGUUUUUAAUAACAAGGAUAGCAAGUUGAUACAUCCAGAGUUAACGUAUGGGAAAGAGGAUCCAACAUCUAAUAUCAAUUGGCCACCAUGGGUUGAAUGUGAAGUUUGUUAUGAUACUUCGUGGGCAAGAACACAAUUGGUUGCUGAAAGAAACUCAAUGGCGCUUAUUCUUAAGAAGCCAAACUUUAUGUUCACUGAAAAUAAGGCGGUUAAUCAAAGUAAUGAAAUUAUAGUUCAAUUGGCUAAAAUUGUUAUUAAUGCUACUUCUGAGCAAUACAGUACUAUGUUCUAUGUCAUCACAGAUCUUUUAGUUCACGGUAAGACGAAGAGAGAUGAAUUCUUAAAGAGAUUGGAUAAGAUUAUGUCUCUUUCUGAUUCAGCUGACUUUAGAGGAUUGGAUGAUAGAGUGAGAAAUUUACAAUUCACAAUUCGAGAAUACACCAAUUUAUUGUUAAAGUUGGAUUUCAAGAGUAUUGAUGUAAGUAAAAAGGAAAAGGAACAGUUACGUAUUUUAGAACUUGAACUUGAAAGACUGAAAGUCGAAUUGAAUGUGUUAAUGAAGGGUUUGGGUCUGAGAUAUAAGGCCACGUCUACUAAGCAGAGCAGUAGAUUCUGGAACAUAUUGGCAGAUCAAGUUAUCUGGCAUAUGUUGGAUGAAAAUAGGGAGCCUUUUAUUGAUUUUGCGUUAGCUUCAUCAAGAUAUACCAGAAUUGAUUCACUUGAUGGAUCUAAUAUUAAUAAAGUUGAAAUAUCAAUGAUUCAAGGGUUUAAUUUGCAAGAAAAAGCAGUGUAUCCUGAGCUUUUGAGGCCAUACUUGGAAGGAAAGGAUGUGAAUUCACCAGAGGUUAAAGAAAGUAUUGGUAAAUGUGUGGAACAACAUCCUAUAAUUCAAAUGACAUGGAAGAUGUUGGAUGAUGUAGGUGGAAUUGCUAUAAUCCAAAGUGCCAAAUUAGCUAUUCAACCUUUGAAAGUAGAAUUGGAUUAUCGAACCGCGAAAGCUGCGUUUUCAUAUUUAUUCCCUGAUUCAGAUUCUCAAGUUGAAAAUGAUAUUUUGGAUGAUUAUGAGGACGAGGAUGAUGUUGAUUCUGAAGAUAGUAGUGUAUUUUCCGGUAAUGGAAGAACAUCAAGGAAUCCAUUUAAAAACUUUAUUGCUAAACACAGAAGUUCCGGCAGUGCAAGUCGGUCACUGACAGAAACUAGCGUUGAGAAUGAAAUGGUUAGAUCGGAUACAACUUCGUCUAGAGCUUCGUCAGAUGAAGUAUCUAUGGCAUCUGAAACUAGAGAAAAGGUCAAUCAGCUUUUGAAACCUACUAAAAAGGACAAGUAUAAUGAAGAUGGAGAUGAUAUAUCAAUUAUCAUAUCUAGAUCCUUAAAGUAUAGUUCUAUAAUUGAUAUAGAAGUGACCAAGUUCAAAUUGUUUGUUAGUUUCAAAGCUCCAAAGCAUCUUAAUAUCCUUGAUGUACACAAACUUACUUUGACGAUACCAAAUUUGAGGUACAGGAAUAAGAUUUGGUCAGCAGAAGAUUUCUGUUUACGGGUUAGAAAGGAUAUAAUCAAGAUUAUAUUGAAUCAUACUGGUAAGAUUCUUGGAAACAAAUUCAAGUAUAGAAAGAGAAAUGCUCAUGCUGAACCAUUAAAGCAAAUCUCUGAUUAUGCUUCAUUUAUGACAAUCCAAGAUUUACAACUGGAAGGUAGAGCAAGAGAUACCUCCAAAACCAAUGUUCAAGAGAAUCAUCAUGUUCAUCACCACCAUCAUCAUCAUAACUUGAAGAAAUCGAGAACUCUUUCAAGUAACGCAUUUGCAUUCGAAGGAUUCUUAAAUGACAUCACUGAUGAUGAUGAAGAAGAAUCUGAUACAUCUGCUCCUGUUAUUCCUGUUGAAAUACAGGAAUGAUUUUUUUAUGAGAUUUAUUUAUAUAUAUAUAUGGGUUAUUUAUUUAUUAUUUAUUUUAUGUUGUAUAUAUUAAGAAUAUAUAUAUUAUUUAUGGUUUAACUUUCGUA